CCCCGCCGCUGCCCCCCGGCGUCCUGCACGUCCUCGUCGUCCGACUCCGCGGAGCUGUCGGAGCCCUGCGCGCGCCCAGAGGCCGGUGCCCCCGGGGGGCGGCCCCGCAGCUGCUGCGCCGCCCGCGCGGACCCCCGCCGCGCCGCUGCCCCCACGGGCGUCCUGGGGCGCCCCUUGCGACCCGACGCUGCUGCCAAAGCUGCCACGCUGCGAACAAUCACGACCCACAGGGGGACCCUGGACCCCGUCCUCCUGCGGUAUUUUUCGAGCCAGAUCGAUCCGCGAUGGUCCACGCCCAGGGCUCGGCGGUGGACAAACCUCUCUUUAGUAAACCACCCUUUAGUGAAGGCGGCCUAG